UGCGCCUCCUCUUCUGGUCCCCACAGUAACUACACAGACGUAGCAGCUUAGCAACAGAGAGCGAGAGGGGACGUUGGCAGUCGGAAGAAUACAAUAUCACCGUUCUGCAUCAUUUCUAUAUUUGAACGAAGAGGGACGGGAAAUAACAGAAAGAGACGACACGAAGAAGCUAGACUUAUAACGUUAUCUUUCCGAAACAAUUCUUUAUAUUGGUUUAAAAAGGGGGUUUUAAAGGCUUUUGAAUUUAAAAGCGGGUAAUGGGAGGGUAUGUGGCAUGAUAGCGCACCGUAGCGCUAUCUAGUUUCUCGUAUAAAUCAGAGACACUCGAUUUCUACUGAGUGCGGUUUGUUCGGACCGUGGGUGUUUUCUCCCAACCGGAAAGUUGUUUUUCAUAACAAGCUAUUCUCUUUUAUAUCGACCUCUCCCACCGCCACCCUGAAGUUCAUCGUGGUUUUGUUGGCCGCCGGGAUGCUGGCCUUCCUCGGCGCGGUCAUAUGCAUCAUUGCCAGCGUCUACCCGGGGUCUUCUAGCCCUGCACAUCUCCCACUGGCGGACAACCAGUCGCUGUCUCCGGACGCAGUGUUGCAGUCACUGUCUCCGGGUUCUGUUGCACGCGCUGGCUCUUUGGGCGCUCUCCACGGUUCUGAAUCAACAGAAGCUGGAGGUUUGGGAGUCAACCUGGAGGCGCCUACAUUCAACGAACUGAGCAAUUCGGGCGGGAUCGGGUCAGGAGGGAGGAAACAGUUCAGUUUUAGCCGGCUCAUCUGCACCCCUAUUCCUGCUGGAGAAUGCAAAUCAAAUAACCUUCAGCAACAAGCCGACGAGCCGUCUUCGUACGCCGGCGAGGACCUGGGAUACUUCCGUACCACCGCGGAGCAACUGCGGCAGACCGUGCUGCAGCAGAAAGACCAGAUACUAAUGGACCAGCGAACAAUAAGGGAACUUACGGGGAAACUGUCUGAAUGUGAAAGCGGACUGGAGGAGCGCAGCGCAGAGGUCGAAAGAAGCGUGGGGCUGUGGGGAGAUAACCGCCGCCUCAUGGCUGGUGACGACGUGCAGUCUCUGGCUUUAGCUCAGAUGCAAACUGCCCGCGCUGUGGAGGAGCUAGAGCGAGCCAUUCUUCAGUUGAAGGACCGCAUAGAGAAACUGGAGUCGGAGUUAGGCCCCUUAGCCCAUAACCUGACGGAGAUUAGCUUAAAGGGUCUUGGAAGCAUCUCUGGAACCCCCAGGAGGCUGGGCGCGGCCACCCAGUGGCGGGCGGAGGACCUGGAGGGCGAGCUGGAGAGGAAGAUCGAGCUGCUGGAGAAGGAGAGGGCAGCCCUCCGCAAGCAGACGCAGAGCCACCAUCAGGAGAUGGACCAGGGGAUCAGCUCCCUGCACCACCGCAUCGCCCAGCUGGAGCAGAGCCUGUCGGAAUACGACUACCCCGACGGCUUCCGGCUGUCCUUCCCGCUGCGGACCAACUACAUGUACGGCCGGGCGAAGCGGGCCGUGCCGGAGCUGCACGCCCUGACGGCCUGCCUGUGGCUGCGGGCCAAGGAGGGCGGCGUCGGCACGCCCUUCUCCUACUCAGUGGCGGAGCAGCCCAACGAGCUGGUGCUCCUGCAGGGCCUGCACAGCCCCGUGGAGCUGCUCAUCAGCGACAAGGUGGCGCAGCUGCCCUUGUCCUUGCCGCCAGACAGCUGGCAGCACGUGUGCAUUAGCUGGACCCUGCGGGACGGGGUGUGGAAGGCCUACCAGGGGGGCCAGCUGAAGGGGGAAGGGGAGGGCCUGGCUGCCUGGCACCCUAUUCGACCCGGCGGGGUGCUCAUACUGGGGCAGGAGCAGGACACUCUUGGGGGGCGCUUCGACGCGUCCCAGGCCCUGGUGGGGGGGCUGUCCCAGUUCAACCUGUGGGACCGGGUCCUGACGCCGGCGGAGAUCUCGGGCCAGGCCGAGUGCAGCCGGCCCGCCCUGGGCAACGUGGUGCCCUGGACAAACAGAGACAUUGAGGUUUUCGGAGGGGCCAUCAAGGAGCCCCGGGACCCCUGCGCCGAGCGUGCCAACACCCAGCCGUGAGGAGGAGGAGGAGGAGGAGUGGUGCUGUGCAGGAGAAUUGGGGGCGUCUUAUUGGCUGUCGUAUUUCUACACAGAAUGCGAUAGGCUCAUGCCGUUGCUAGCGUGGGCAGGGGUUUUUGUUCCUUUUCCUCGUGGGGCAGGUUUGUGAUCUGCUCUACAUUCUUUAAAUGAGCUUUUACAAGUGGAGCCGUUCUCCAUUUCGGGAGCAGAGUGCUCCAGAGCCUUGUCUUGUCUCGUGUCCUGCUUGUAUUCUUCUUUUUAAGAGGUGAUUUCUGGUGCAGUCUUGAGCGACGGCGUCACAUUUUUUAUUCUCGGGUGACAGCCGGGGGAUAUUGUUCUGUACAGCAUAUUUGUCCUCAUGUUAUGCUGUUUGUUAACUUCUUAUCGUGACGUGUCUUUUGUAGUCUCUCCUGUAGUCUCGCACCCUUGCCACUGGCUAACAUCGCAGUUACCGCUAUGUCACACCAACAACUAUGAAAACGGUAUGUUAGUCGGACAGCACAGACUGACUGUUUACCUUCCUGUAGGUUUUCUACGGUGCAGAGUACCACACAUAAGUUCCCUUAAAGCAUAUUUAAAAAUGAAGUGGCUGUCCCUCUGAAGACACUCACCAUGAUUGCAAGCUGGGUCUUACAGCCGCAGACACUGCAGCAGUGAGCCGCGCGAUGCCAUUGGCCGACUGUGAAGGCGAGACACGUCCGGGCCCGUUCCGCGAGGGGGCACGUCUGGGGUAAGCCGGCUCCGGUUUGGUUUUGGGUUUCCACUGCACCCAUCCCGUUAAUGUGAAAGGCCGCCGGUUUUCUCAAGCGAAAGCGGCUCUCCUUGCUAUCCCCCCUGUUUUGAGCCAAAAUGGCCGCGGGCUCACGCGCAGACGCUUCAGAGGAGCGCCUACGCUUUGGCUGCGGUGUUCCUUUUGCACGGGGGCGCAGGCGGCACCGAUGCGGUGCCAGAGGGGAAAUGGCGCAUUGUACGUGUGUGCUCCUCGGGCACUUCCGGGUAAAGCUGGUGAAACAGAUUACGAUUCAAGCGAAGAGUCUGGCAGAACUUAGAACCAGCGUUCUUUUUGCAUGGAGAUGUAUGGAACCAGCUUUGAUUUACUUCAGGACAAAAAGUGACAUUACAUUACAUUACAUUACAGGCAUUUAGCAGACGUUGGUUGAACACACACUGUCAGCACACUGCAUAAUUGCUGUCUAUACCAUGCUUGCAAUUUUAAGCACGCAUUCUAGAAUACAUAUUGCCUCAUGUGUAGUCAUUAAAGGUAUUCUAGAAUGUAUGGAUAAAAUGGCUUUUAUGAAAGCUGAAGUAAUGUAUAAAGUACAUAUUCUAUCAUUUUCAGUAUGUAUAAAGAUUUUUCCCCUGAUUUUGUGGUUUGGACGCAGCUAUAUUACAAUUUCAUAAAUGCUGAGGAAAUGCAGAGAGAACAGUAUGAACAUAUUGUCAAGAGUCAGGAUUUUCCAAGCUGACUGUCAUCCUAAAGACAAUAUACCAUACUUUCAAAAUACAUUUUUGAAAAAUAAAAAGCACGCACCCUAUAACCCAUGCAUACACACCACCAAGCUGCUUUGUAAAUGUUAUUUUACUCUGCUCUCAGUUUAGCUGAAAGAGAGGAGGGAGAAGUGUGGCUAGGAGGGGAUGAUUAAUAGGUACGGUACACAAUAACCUGGGCGCCUGCCACCAUUACCCAGCUCUCAUGAUUGUGAAGUGCCUGUCUGGGGUAAACAUGGCCAAAAAUGCUCCCUGUUUCCCUUUCUUCUUUCCCCUGCGCUUUCUGUUUCUGAGGAUGAUCAGCUGUGAUGUCAGUGCUGUGCUCGUUUACCUCUGCAUCUCUGUGGCCCUCCUGUGAAAUAUGUGUAUGAAAAGUAAAACGAUUAAAAACUAAAUGGCUGACAAUGCUAUCUGAAAGGAAACCAUGUGACUUGUUAUUGGUGUGAAACGUCAAACAGAAAUGGCCUGUUUCUGUCUCUUUCUUUAUACACUUCUCUUUAUGCAGUAUAUCACUCUAGCACACUCCUGUAAAUAUCUUGCAUUUUUUUCUUAUCUUUUUCUAUUCAUACAUGUAUCUGUCUAUUCCUGCAAUUUUUGUAUCAGUUUGUCUGUAUCUCUCUCUCUCUCUCUCUCUCUCUCUCUCUCUCUCUCUCUGAUUCUAAAGCCCCUAUUGUAACGUUAUUGUGAGAAAUAAAAUCAGUUUUCACACUGA